AUGUCAGCUAAUCAAUUUUAAUAAAGACCAUAAUCUUAGCAUAAAACCGAGAAAACUUUAGGGAUCUAUGCAACUUCCAACAAAGAACUUAAAGAGCAAAAAUAAAUUAACUUAGAAUAAGUAAUAGGACUUGAAUAUGUAUCAAAAAAAGAGGAAAAUGUAAAGUACCCAAUUCAUAUAAUCUAGUUUACAUUAAUUUUAGAAUUAAUCAUAUUAAAAUGACAAAUAGAAAAAAAAAACAAUACCAUCAAAAGAAUUAAGAUACAAAUCAUAAGUAAAGAUUAAUUAGGAUAUUAAUCAUCAUCAUUAAACUAAUGGUGCAGAGGAUGAAUUAUAGGUUGUACAAGAAGCAAGCCAAAAAAUUACAUAAAAAAAAACAUUUAUAGUCAAAACAGAAAAUUUACCAUGUUAAUGUUAAAGUCCAAUAUUGUAGAAAAUACAAGAAAUGGAAUACUAAUUGAAAGUCUAGUAAUAAGAAAUAGAAAUUUUUAGACAAAAUUAAUCAAAGGAAAUAUUACCUAAAUCUAAUUAAACACUAUUAAAUGAAGAACUUAAAAAAGAUAACUUUUAACUACCUUAGUGUAUUCAACUCUAAAUCAACGAAUAAAAUCGAAACUACUAUAAAAGUAAAAAUAUAAAAUUAUCAAAGAAAUUGAAAACCAAAUUAGCUAAUUUAUAAAUAGCUUCACUCUAGAAUAAAAAUCAAAUCAAAAAAGUUUAGAGUAAUUAAAAUAGUGGUAAUAAUAAUUUCUAUUUUAUUUAGGGUAAAAGUUGAUUCAGAAAAUAAAGAGAAGAAAAUUAUAGAUUUGGUUUAAUAAGAUUUAGAAUGUGUAAAAAUUGAAAUUGAGAAAGCAGAUAAAUCUCUAAUGUAAUUGACGAAUAAAUUAAAUUAAAUAACUUAAAUUCAAGAAACAUUUUAGAGAGAUUUAACUAAAUUAUAAUAAUUCUUGGGGGGAAAAUCCAGAUAACCUUAAAUAAAAGAAGAAUAAAUUUGGUAAUUUAAUAAUGUGUAAGUUUAAGUCAGAUAACCUAAGAAUAACUAAACCAAUUAAAUUGUCUAAUGGAUGAGAAAGCUAGAAAUAUAUAAAUUUAUGUUGAUCAUCAUUUAGAGAAUUUAUAAUAAGCAAUUGUAUUAAGUAAAAAGUAGUAUAUGUUCUAUUAUUAAAGGGGUGAAAAAUCUGAAAUUUAUGAAAUUAAGGAUGCAUUACUUUAAGAAUAAAAGAAGAAUUUUGAUUAAAUUUUAAAUCUUAUUUCUACAGAAAAACUAGGAAUUAAAUAAUAAUUAUAAUUUUAAUUAGAAACUCUAUUUUAAAAAGAAUAUUAAAUAUAGAAAUAAAAAAGUGAAGGAAAUGCUUGUUCAUCGAAACCUUAAUAAAAUAAUUUUGUUGAAUCAGAUGGUGAUCUUCAAAAAAAUUAAAUUAUUUAACUCUAAAAUUAAAAUUAGAAGAAUAUUAAAUUUUUGAGUAUUAAUGAUUCAGUUUAUAUUGACUUUGAUUUAUCAAGAUCUUAAUCAAUUAAAAAACAUAUUAAUCAAUUAUAUAAUGAAAGUUCAAGAAAGAGAGAUACUGAAACAUAAUAUUAAUUUUAUUUGAGAAAAGUUUAAUCAGAAAAAGAAUUGUUUGAAUAUUAUUCAAUUAAUAAUCCCUAAACUUAAAUGGAAUUAAAAAAACAUUGUCUCUCAUUUAGAUAAGUGAGAGGUGAUGGUAAUUGUUUUUAUUCAGCAUUUGGAUUUUAAUAUAUGGAGCUAUUAAUUAGAUUUUCAGAUUAUGAAUUUAGUAAAUUUAAAGAUUUAAUUCUGGGUAAAUUUUAAUCUAAAAUUACUUAUUAAAAUUUUAACACUGAUCAGAUUCCUAAUUUUAGUAAUUAUUUGACUUUUGAAUUUAUUUAUAGAAUUUAAUAAUUAAGAAAAAUUUCAGAUUUGGCUGAAAGAUAAAUAUAAUUAGAGAAGGAAUUUGCAGCUCAUACUUAAGAGACUGAAGAAAUAGAUGGAUGUUUAUAUGGAUUAGUUAUUAUUUUCUUUAGAAAUCUUUCAAAUUAUCUAUAUGAAAACAGCGAGAUGUUUCUUGUUAUUACUGAGAACAAUAAUAUUUUAAUUUGGGAGUAGGAAUUUAAUUCUACAGAAUUAAUUAUAUCAGAAUUGGCAAAGUUCUUAAAGAUGUAAAAAUUCAAUUUAUUUUAAGCUAUGUUGUUUUAAUUUUUUUUGAAAAGAAUGUAUUUAAAGUAUAAGAGUAUGAACCAAACAAUUAAUAUAAGAUAAUACUAUUAAUUCGUCCAGGCCAUUACAACAUAGGUAUAUAAUGA